UCCCAGCUGCUCCAGAAUUUGUGACAAUUCUUCUGCCUUGGUCUCCAAGAUUCUGGGAUUAUAGGUGUGAGCCACUAUAUGUGGUCUAAAGAACUGAAUUUUCAGACUUAAUGAGCUCAUAUUUAACUGUCUACUGCUGGCGUAGGUGAAGACUACUUCCAGCCCCAACGCCCAUCCCCGUCUCAGAACACCACCGGCCUCCCUUGAACCACAGGACUAGGGGCCACAUUCCUGGAGGUUUUAGGGAUCUGUUCUAAUUGUCACGUCCUGCCCCAGAUAAUUGGGAAAACAGAGCCGGUGGGCUUCUGUUCCUGGUCUCUCCCUGCGCCGCCAGAGGCCGCUGCGUGCCUGCUGUGUCCAUCCUCCCCGCAGAGCGCCCCAUGCUUUUUCCAAAGAGGCGGCGGUACCCGCAAGGGCUGAAAGCAGAGACGACUCCCAGUCAAGAGGCUGUGCUCUCCCAAGCCUGAGGGCGACAAGCUCGGGAGGAUCCGGCUGAGCUCUGCAGGGCUGAGCUGUGCAGGCCCAGAGCAUCCCGGUACUCAGAACCCGGCUCACUGGGCUAGGAUGCCUGCUUAGCCAUUGCCCUGCUCUCCUCGGGGCACAGCAACUUGAUAACGAUCGAUCGAUCACAGACUGCUGGGGACCAGACAACACCCAAGCUGAUCACUCCCGGAGAGAACCCGCCUUUGGGAGUCUAGAUCCCAAGCUCAGAGGCAUCGAGGACCUCAGCCCAGCAGGUGGAAUGAGUCUAAGACCAGCAGAUGAACAGACAGAAGUCUAAAGACUUCAGGAACGGCUCUGCCUUCCUGUUCCCUGGUCCUUCUCUGUCACUCAUCCCUUCUUACAGUGACAUCACACCUGGCUGCAAGCUGUCUGGAGACAAGAAUGAGUGAGAGGACCUCGAGCAGCUGGAGCCCAGGCAGCUGGGUGCUAGCAUUGUGCCUGGCCUGGCUGUGGACACGCCUGGCCUCUGCUUCCUUGCAGCCUCCGACAGCCACAGUCCUAGUAAAGCAGGGCACCUGUGAGGUGAUUGCUGCGCAUCGCUGCUGCAACCGGAAUCGCAUUGAGGAGCGCUCCCAGACCGUCAAAUGCUCCUGCCUUUCCGGCCAGGUGGCUGGCACUACAAGGGCAAAGCCCUCCUGCGUGGAUGCCUCCAUCGUCCUGCAGAAGUGGUGGUGUCAGAUGGAGCCCUGCCUGCUCGGGGAGGAGUGUAAGGUGCUCCCUGACCUGUCGGGGUGGAGCUGCAGCAGUGGACACAAGGUCAAAACCACCAAGGUCACACGAUAACUCUCGGGGGUCGUGGCUUAGGCAGGACAGCCUUGACUGAGCUCUGGACUGAAGAAUGGCUUCUGCCCACCCUCCAGCAGACAUGAGGACUCACUUACCUUGACAUGUAGUCCCAUGUGCCCCAAGUCAAAUGUGACAUCAUACUUGCCAGGGCCCUGUUAGUCACACUGCUUAGCAGAAAUGCUUAGAUCUUCAGCCACAUUCUUAGAGACAUGUGCUCUCCUACAAUCAAAGGUCACACACAAUCCUGUCCUUAAGAAAUAUCUUGUUAAGCUAGGGAGUGGAUGACAGACAAUUUAAGCAGUUUAAAGUGUGUGGUACCAUGGCCUCUGAGCUACCUGUUGUGGGUGUGAUGGGGAUGGGAUGGAUAGAUCUUCAGCCAUCCCCUGAUGAGUCACAUCAGUACCUUCCCAUGAGUCCUGCAUCUCUAGCAAGAUGCUAAGAUGGUCAAGGAGAUACUGUCUCCUGAUUCCAGUGGGAUCUCUUUUAACAGUGCUGGAAAGUAGAGAUGAAGUCCAACAGCUCUUCAGCACAGUUCUCCAGAGCAGGGCAUGUGACUCACACCUUUUGCUCUCUGUGGAUGGAUGCACAGAUCCUCAGGAUCAUCCCCACCUGAACUUCACGUGUUUGUUUGUUUCUUGUUUUAAUGGACAAGAAUACUCAGUCGCCGAGGGAUGGGAUGCUUUGCCCAAGAUCUCACAGGUCAGGCUUCCAAACCAUGGAUGCUGAGAUUCUAGGCUAGGUCUUACAUGGCAGUUUUAUCAAGAAAGCGGGACCCUGAGAACACUGUCUUGAGAGCAAUGACAUGUUUCUUGGGAGAUGGGACUUGGACCACUGGGGCUUUGAUUGAGGCCACUGAUCUCCCAUCCAAAACAAUGCAGAAUCCCCACAUACUGCAGAGUGGAUCUACUUCUCAGUCCCCCAGAUCCAACCAGUACCCGCAAUAGCCCAGAGGUCACUCAGCACAAUUGCAGCUGGAGCACUGUGUGCUGGCAUCCUGUUGCUCCUCUGACUCUUCUCUUCUGAGAACUUCAGCCCCUACACAGGUACUUGGAAGGCAGAGUCAGGCCAGAGGACAGCCCAAAGCUGAAGGUCUUUGCAAUCAGGCUGGCCUCCUAGGUGGCUUGGGGGUAACAUGCUGGCUUACUCUCAUCACCAAGGCCUCAGGGAGUGGAGUGUGUUAGAGAACAGCCUGGAUGAUGCCCCAUCCCUGACAAGGCAAACCAAUGAUAGUUUAGGAUGGAGUCUCAGCCUCCCCUAUCUCCCUAAGCAUUUGAAUAAGACUCUGAUAUCAGCCCAUCUCAGGGCAUGUUUUUAUUAUUCCUAAGUGAGAUGAGCAGUAAUGUUAACUUCAGAAGGCAGGCCUCUAACAAUCUCUGCACACAGCGUCCCCAUGCAGAGGUCAAAGGCUGUCAUGGCCUCCUUCAACACUGAAGGGUGGAGGUCAGAGGAUAGAUGCAGGGGUUGGCAAACAUUUUCUGGAAAAAGUCAGAAAGUGAAUAUUCUAUAUUCUGCAGACCACAUUAAGUCUCUGUGACAUAUUCUUUGUUUUGUUUCAUUUUGUUUUAAAAACAUUUCAGAGCUGCCAAUGCCACCUUAGCUCUAGGGUGGAAGAAACACAUUGUGACCCAUUUCAGGUGUUUGUCACCCCUCCCAGGGGACAGUUGAAGGCCUGGAGUGGCCUCCCAGCCUCCAGGCUUGCCCUCUGUGCCAUGGAAACCUGAGCACAGGGCUAGGGCUGGCUUUGUUGUUCUCCUAAUGCUCAGAGAGAGAUGGGUGAGUGAAUUAUUUAGGUUACAAAUGAGACAGCUUCAGCAGAGCCAGACAAUAAGAGCCUGCUUUCCUGGAGGCCAGAAUGUAGGUUCUGCAGGCUGAUGUGGAGCUCAGUGGGAGAACGCUGAGGUGGGCUCCUGCUUCCCUCCUUCCCAGACACUGUCACAGUCUUGCUUCAGCUGCCCCUCCCCCCACUGUGUCAUUGGCAUGAGCUGGGGUUGGAGUGGAAAGUAUGAAAUAAUGCCUCACAAACCUUUGAGAGCUGCCAUCCUGCACCAGGCUGACUCAGUGUCCCGACUCUGUACUUCCCCUGGUCCCCACUGAAGUCUUCCAAGCCUCCAUCCCUCCUGACCUGGCCAUGAGUUUAUUGGGUGAACUCUGAGGGGGUGUCUGUAUAAGGCCAGGAGGGAACCACAUAAGACGGUCUGGCAAAGAUGAGAAAAUGUCCAGCCCUCCCCCCAACUCCAGCUCCCCAAAAUUCUAUAUCCAACUUAGUCCAAACUUGCCUGCAUCUUGUAGCUAUCCAAAAGACAGUCUAGAAAUAAAUGGAUUUCCUUGGAGCAUGGGGUUCCUGGAGUCAUUUGUCUCCCUCCUUGGGGAGGGCGUUUCAGAUCCUCUGAAAUUUGCUGGAACCCCCCAUUCCCUCAACUUCUUAGAGAAGCUGACAACUAUAAAUCACGUGACUGAUUUCUGCUGCCCCCCCCCACCCGGCAGUUUCAUUAAAGUCUGCGAGUGACAUCCUCAUUAAUGACCCCAGACAGCUCCACAACAUUGAGGCUGCAGCUCCCUAAAACCACAGAAUUAUAGUUGCAAGGGGUUUUAGAAGCCAGGUUAGCUAACACUCAUUUGCCAGCCGAGGAGAGAGUAGUUCAGAAAGGUUAAGUAAUUUGCCCACAGUCACACAGCAAGCUGAUGGCAUGUCCUGCCCAGUGAUGCAACACAGUGUUCUUUCCACUAAAGUAUGUCCCAUUUUGUACCCCAGGACAGAUGAGAACUUGGAAGGAAGAUAGGGUUUUAGCCAUGACGACUGUGAGAGUCUCAUUCUAGAAUCACCCAAUGCUGUAAGGGCAAGGAACAGAGGGAAGAAGAAUGGGAAACCUGUAGAGGAAACACACAGAGGGAAGGGGGGUUGAACAUCACCACUUCAGAACUUCAAACCACAGAACAAAAUCAGACAAGACUGAUGUCACUUGAAGAAGGACUGAUCUUUGUACUUUCUGGAGGAGGCAGCACGGAGCCCUGUCAGUUUUUGGCAACCCAGGCACAGUGGUGCAUACCUACAGCCCCGGCACUUAGGAAGCUGAGGCAGGAGGAUGGUGAGAUAGAAGCCAGCCUGGACCACACAGAGACCCUGCAAAAGAAAAACAACAACAGAAAAAGAAUGGUGCACCUCGCAGAACUGUGAGGCCAUCUUGGCAAUACCAGAUUCUUUAUGUCCUGUGCAAACUAAAGCACACAGCUACAAUUUUGUUUUGUUUUGUUUUGUUUUUCAAGACAGGGUUCCUCUGUGUAGCUGUGACUGUCCUGAAACUCGCUCUGUAGACCAGGCUGGCCUUGAACUCAGAGAUCUGCCUGUCUCUGCCUCCAGAGUGCUGGAAUUGAAGGCAUGCACCACUGACACCAGGCUCAUUUUUUGUUCUGCUAAAUUAUUGUUAUUGUAUUAUAUGCUAUGCUUAUUUGCUUAUUAUUGGCUACGACUGUCUUUGUGUUAUGACAGCAUAUCUGGGUCAUUGUGAAGAGACCACAUGACUCUCAAAACAAAAAUAAAUUCAGCAGAAACUUUUUGCCAGUCUUUGCAAUAAGUUUUACAAUAGCCUCCAAAAUGUGCACACUUGAAAUCUAGAAACUAAUGGCUGCAUUUGAUUCCUGUAUUUGGGUAGCUUUUCUUUUCCUUUGACCCUGUACCUGUGUCCCCUUAAAUCCUUCCCAGUGCCUCUUGUGACAUCUAACAACAACAAAAACCACAGACAUAAAGUAUAAGACAGAAUCUAAGAGAAAGACUCGGGACAGAUGACACUGCUCAG